GCCGGUACCAGUGGCACCGAGGAACUCGGUACCAACGGAGGUCUCAUCUUCGGGAACGAGAACCGCGCUCCCUCUCUUUCUCUUUUUCUCUCUCUUUCUCUCUUUUUCCUCUCUUUUCGUCGUCGUUUACGAUACGACCACGUUGAGCACGUUCUCCGAUAACGAGCCCCACGAUCGGCAAAAGUGCGCGUAUAAAACCGAUCCUGGUCACCUGGAACACCUAGUCCACCGGUACACCGUGUCCGGAACACAUCGUCUCCGUAUCUCCGAAGAUUCACGUUUCCAGUUUAGGAUCUUCGAAUCGAGCAACUCCUCGAACAUUCGAUCGGCCGAAGAAUAUUUGUAAAAGUUUCGUACAGUUCGAAGAGUGGACUGAUCAAAGGCACGUGUCGUGUUUACCAGUGAACGCGAUACCUUUCGACCAGCUUUCGUGAAUUAAGGGAACGACGAUAAUCCGUCACUGUGUCGUUCGACUGGUUACCAGUGGGAAUUACACGUAGCUGUCUUUUCGAAGAAGCGAAAGUUAUACCAUUCGCAAUGCCACGAAGCGGUUGCCGCGCGAAAACCACCAUGUUUGGAAGAAGCAGAGCGAGGACGAUAGUCCUGGUCGGCCUGAUGUUGCUCACGCUUCUCGACACGGUUAACAGCACUCCUUACAAGAGGUCCUUGCUCAGGCUAUGCUCGAAAAGUCUCAGCGACGCUCUGUACCUCGCGUGCAAGGAUCGAGGUUACAACGAGCCGUUUUCCUACAGCAGCGAGGAUAGUCCUAUGGAUUCCGUGGGCCCGGGACUCGCGGAGGAGUGUUGCUACCAUACGUGCACCUAUACCCAGCUGCAACAAUAUUGCAAGCCGGAGAAGUCCAGUUCCGUGGACGCCGUAAACAGCCCGGUCUGGAUAGAAAAAUACCCGUACCUGUCCACGAGGUCGGCAACCUCGUCGUCGUUGGAAGAGAGAUCGAGGUCGGACAUCGACUACGUCCACGGUACAAUUAAAUGUAAAAUCCACGGGUCGAAGGGAGCACGAAAGAAGGGGGCUAACAUGGACCGUGACGACGACGCCGGCGGCUGCGACAGGAAAAACCCGUUGAGAAGGCAUCGCGCCGGCCAUUGCGGCUGCAGGCAUCGACGACAGAGGCGUCGUCGUCUUGGCAAGAUGCUAGAGAAGACAUCGGGCGUGAAAUCGGGUGCGCCAUUGAAAAAAGGGGUAGAAACGGAGACAAAAACAACGACCCGUGAGGCGCCAUUUUGAAGCACCUCUUUCAUCUUAGCAUCGAACUCUCUGUGUUCUAACUUCUUUCCUCCUUCGUUCGUGCACCCGUCGAGACAGUCGAAGAGACCACGAACUCGAAACAAUCGUAACAAACAAAGAGAGCUAAACGAGCAAAAGGAAGAAAAGCGCGAGAGGGAACAAAAUAUCUAAGGAAGAUGAGGCCAAUGGACAAGAAAGCGUGAGGAAGCUGAUCCAAGAGGACAGAGGCGGACGAAAGAGAGCGUGCAGUCAGUAAGAUGUCUAGUCCCAUAAAAUAGUGAGAAAUUGGUCAUUGUAUUUUCUGGAGUUGCGAAGGAAAAGAGAUCAGAGACGAGUAAAAGUAAGUCGUUCGAUCGUCCUCCCUUCGAAUCUACGGCGCGAAUGGUCGACUUGGAAAUUUACAAUCUGAUCUACUCUGCAAUUUUUAACAUAUUAGUCGAGUAAAAUUAUCCAAAUGGAUAAAAAACAGGAAACAAAAAAUAUAAAAGAUGAAGAAAUGAUACAAAAGAUGGAAAUAAGAUGGUCAAUUUUCGUGGAUUUCUCGUACAUGGGCCAUCGCAUCGCUUGAAAAACGACGCUCGAUGUCUCUGGAAGCACUGCUCGUGACGCGGAGUAUCCACAUUCACGAGUAAUCGCGGCUGAAUCCGAAAAAAUGGAGAAGCUAUACGUAUGUAAUAAAUUGGGAAAACCGAUCCGGGCCAUCAGUCGCGCGCGAUCUCCUAGAGAAAGACUUAAAUCCAGUGUUGUAACACGUCUAACCUAACCCUAUACGAUAAGUGUAUGUAUAUAUAUUUUUUUGCUCGAUUUUUUCGUUUUAUUUUAUUUUAUUAUUAUUAUUAUUAUUAUUUGUCUUCGUGUCUUUCUCUCUCUUUUUUUUUAACGAGACGCAUACACACACAUACACAGAAAUGUACAUACGAGAGAUAAGUUUAGUCGGACUCGUUCGCGAUUCUUUCUUUAUUUUUUUUUUUUUUUUCUUUUAUUUUGUUUCUCCGUUUCGUUGCUCUCGUUAAGUUGCCGGUCACUUUCAGCUCCCUUGUCGAACAAUGAUCUCACUAGUAUUAGAGCUAAGGAAUUCUACAUUUAAUAAAUUAGUGCUGAACGAACUAGUCACUAAGGACGAUGGUAAGAAAUACCGAGCAACCGAGAGGCAGACGAAAUAUGCGAGGCGAUCGGAAUUUUCUCGGAGAACAAAGUCAGAAUCGCGAUUCCUUUUUGGAUGAUGAGGUUUAGGUGGAAAAUUUCUCGCUUCGUCUUUAUUUGCGUGUCAUUUUGAAUAGAAGGAAGUCAAUCUGGCCUUUAAUAUCCCUAUCGCGUUUAAUCAAUUUUACGUGAUUUAAUCGUAUCCUUAAAUUUUAAUGCAGAUGUUUCUUUUUUUGGUUUUGUUGAUCGAGAUAAAGUUUUAAGAUUUUGACGAAUUUCCAUUAUUAUCUGAUACGAUAGGAGGGUUAAACGAAUCACAAGAAUAAUGGAAUAAGUUUGGUAAUAAAACAAAUGAAAUCUUACAAUUUACGUAUCCUAUGAUUAUCCUAUUCGAUUCAAUUCACUAACAUCAUUAACUAGUAAAUUAUUGCGAAUAAGAACAUGCGAUAGCGCGGUAUCUUUCGCAAAUCAAAGAAUUCGCUUCUAUAGAAUGGAGCUUAGAUUCUGCGUGACUCUGCGCCAUUCGACAAUUUCCAAAAUCUUACAAUUUAAAUACCGUAACACGCAAUUACCGCUUAACUUCACGAACAGUGGAACCAAUUUUCCAAUAAAAUCGGUCAGAUUGACUUCUGAAUAGUUCGAAUCGCUUAAUACAAUUAUGUAAAGGAGCAAGAGGAAAGCUCUCUGAAUUUUUCAGCCUGGACAGCGUUAAUUCUUGUUCUGCAUGAAAAGAAGAGAAACAGUUCCACAGCAUUGGAAUUAUUUCGAGGCAAAAUCGAACGAUUUAAAAAUUUGUUUAAACUGUCGAGUUUUACGAAAUAUCAUUGCGCGAAUAUUGCGAUCCGGCAAGAACAAACUCGAUAAGAUGAAAGAAGAAAGUGAAAGAGAAAUGCAAUUGUGUAUUGCGAAUUGAAAGACGAGUAAAUAGGUAUGUAGAUAUAAAUAAACGGAUAUAUAUGCGAUAGAAAAUAGCCGUGUCGUUUAACAACGUUCAAUUUUGCCUCCGUACUGUAUAGUGAGAUACUCGAGGCACGCUCGAACGGUGCAUAAUAAUUCGAGGGUCGCGAACCACCAGAUGUGUUUGACGUCAUUCGCCACUAGUUUUCAGUUGUAUUAGUUAAUUUAUUUAAUUCGACUCUCGACUCUGAACGCUCGAGUGUGCCAUUUCAAAUUCUACUGUUUCAAGAGUAUACCUAACGGGUAGCGUAUACGGACUUAGCGAAGUAUCGAAAGAAGUAUAGCGAAACGUUUGAAAAAUUCUAUAGUUUUAAUUAUUUGUGUCUCUAU